AUGACAAAAAUGGAAAAAAUAUAUCCUGAGUUUGACGUGGUUCAUUCUGAAGAUGCUAAAUCGGAAUUGUCUAAAUUGCAAAUAAGGUUACACGGUGCCGAAAAAAUGUUGGGUUCAAAACGUAAAAAUCUCGUUGAAGUUAGAAAAAGUCUAGAUAUACAGUGGAAGGAAUUGAACGAAAAAGAAAAACAAUUGAGAGAAAAUUUCAUACAUUUUGAUCAAUUUAUAACGGAAAACAUGGAGAAACGAGAAAGAGCAGAAAAGAAGAUAAAAGACGAUAAGAUAUUAUGCGAACAAAGACGUAAAGAUAUUGAAAAAUGCGAAAAAGAUUAUAUCGCUUUGAAAGAGGCAAAAUUUGAAAUGGAUAAAAAAAUCAAAGAAUAUAAGUUAUAUGAGAAUUUCUUAGAUAAAGUAGUCGAUACUUCGCAAGAAUUUAUAUCGAUUCAAGAUAUGAUAAAUCGAUAUAUGACACUGUUAAGCGCCAAACUGAGUUUAGCCAAACUCCAAGAACAAAAUCUUGUAGCUUUAGAAAGGGCAAAGAGUGAUAUGAUGAAACUAAUCGAAGAAAAAAACUUCAUAAUAAUGGGUUUGAACAAUCAAAUAGCAAAUCUUCAAUCAAGAUUCGAAAAUGCGAAGAUUAAAUCAAUCGAUUGCGAACAUCUCGUGCUUAAAAUUAAAAACAAUGCGGUUUUACAACUACACGAAAUAGACGAAGUUAAAUCAUCAAUUUGGAAUUUGUAUACUCAUAUGGCUCAAUCGAAAGAGCAUCCUAUCAAGAUCGACAAAGAUAACGUGGAAGAGCAAGUCAUGUAUAUCAAACGAACCCUCACGGAGUUGGCUAAAGUUAAUCAAAUAUUGAGAAAAAGAGCCAAAGCCGCUCUUAAAACUAAGUCGAAAACAUAG